CUUUUUGGCUGAGUCCUUUGCGCGGGCGAUGCUCUGCCAUAUAGCCUCACAGCUCUUGACAAACAGCUGCGGACAGCACGUAAGCAACGUCUUCGAGUGCGGAAGUCUCUAAACGCACCGCUUUCAGCCGAUCAGCCGCCUGCCGGCUGAGCACCUGAACAGCAACCAUGACGCGCGGCGUCGUCUACUUGUCGCGAAUCCCGCCCCACUUAAGGCCGGGCAAGGUAAGACGCCUGCUCGAGCAGCACGGCGAGAUCACGAACCUUUAUCUGGCGGCGGCAAAUAAAACGCGCGAGGACAAGAAGAAAUAUGGGCGGGGCAAGCGCUUCGUCGAGGGCUGGGUGGAAUUUGCCGAGAAGAAGAUCGCGAAACGCGUCGCGGCGUCUCUCAAUGGGGAAAGGAUGGGCCGCGGGUCGCGCGAUCGGCACGCCGACGACCUUUGGUCUAUGAAAUACUUGCGAGGCUUCGAGUGGCGCCAUUUGACGGAGAAGCAGGCCUACGAUAGGAAAGUGGAAGAGUCUCGCCAACGGCUGGCCGACGCGGCGGCGAAGCGGGAGGUCGGCGAGUUCCAGGCGCUUGUGGACGAGAGGGAUCGCAAUAAUGCGAUGGAGAAGCGGAAACGGCGGAAGCUAGAACAAUAA